AUGGAAAAUAGUAAGUAUGAAGAUAUAAGUAAUGAACAGUCUAUUAGUUUUAAUAGCACUGCCAAUAGUGCAUUUUCUAGCACUAAGACCAAAGAUACAUAUAUAUACAUACAGAAUCCAGUCGAAAACAACACAAUAUGCACAGAUAAUAACAAAAUGCAGCCAUCUAGCGAGACAAAGAAAAUACUAGAUAGUGGCCAUGCUGAUAGUACUAGUAGCGAUAGUGAUGCUAGUAGCAAAUCAUACAGCGUGAAAGAAGACAGCAAUGGGAUAAGGCGCUAUUACCAAGAGUUUGAUGUGGAAGAGGAUGAGCGAAUAUGUGGUGUGUUUAGCAAAUGGAACUUUUUGAUCACGUCAAUAUAUUCUGCAGCGCACUUUCUUUCCAUUGUUGCCACAGGAGUGUCUUUUGUUUCCAAAUGCUACACAGUCUGGGAUGUAACUCUGCUUUCAGUGAGAAAGACGUAUGGCCAGCUGCUGGAGAUGAUAAACAUCCCCAUGGUGCAAACUGCUUUUGCAGUCAUAAACACUGUGAUGAACUGGGACCUAUUUGACUUCGAUAUGUGCGAGAAUAACUUGAUGCUGGCCAACGGCAUUUUAUCUUCCAUAGGGGUGUUUUCAGCUGUGUACUUGGUGUUUUUUGCAGAGCUUCCAAUGUACGUGCAAAUAUUAAAAUACUUUUUAGAGUACUACAUUCUGUUCAAUCCCUGGCUGUUUCUGCUUGCAUACACCGAACAAAUACUUACAUUUAUAUUGUUUAUUGCUCGGUCCAGAAAAGAAAAAAGACGGUGCAUUUUCAUCUACCUGAUUAUCUACUUUUUAGAGGGCAUUUUCAGCAUUGCUCUGUUUUUAUAUCAGGGUGUGUUCUUAUCUAAGGUAGACAGUUUUAUAAAGAGCCUGAAUCUAGUCAUUGCGCAGAAUGAUUAG